UGAUAUUUGGCAAUUAGACUGAAAUUAAAUUUUAAUUUACUAAGCGUGGUUAAAAAUUAAUCGACAUUGCAGUCAAUGCACAAAGUGAUUAAAUUAAGUCGUCCUCGACAUUUCGUCAUCCGUGACGUUGAAAUUUUGUCAAUAAAUGAGCACGAUGAAGGCAUCUAUUGUAUGUUUACAGGUCGCCAUGGCGACAACUCUACCACACCCGCGCGAGGCAACGAGGUCUCCUCGCUGUUUAUUAAAUGUUGUUUUAAUUUAUAAAAGUGCUACUUUACGGCAUUAUAACUUAAACGUUUUUGUGCACAGUGCGCGGUGUGUCCGGUAACAUUUUUUGGACAAUGCCAUGUUAAAGUAAGAAAGUCAUUAUGUUUGGAAUUGAAAGUAGGGCAUUGCAAGUGGUGACCCUCGUUGUAUUUUCAAUUCAUUUGGUGUCUGGUGGUAUCGCCUGUCUCGGGAAUCCGUGCUUGCACGGCAUUUGCAUCGAUGAUGUUAACAGUACAUAUUCAUGCUACUGCGUGGAUGGGUACACGGGCGUCCAGUGCCAGACGAACUGGGACGAGUGUUGGUCAUCACCGUGUCAGAACGGCGGGACGUGUCUCGACGGCAUAGCCUCGUACAACUGCUCUUGCCUGGAUGGAUUCGUCGGUGACAAUUGCGAGACCAACUACAACGAAUGCGAAUCCAACCCUUGCCUCAACAACGGGACCUGCAUCGACAUGGACGCCGGAUACCUGUGUGCCUGCGGCCCGGGCUUCGCUGGCGAGCACUGCGAGCUCGAUGUGGCCGUGUGCAACUCUAGCGAGGAAGCGCGCUGCUACAACGGCGGACAUUGUAGGGAGGGGCCCGGGUUUAAGUUCUACUGCACUUGUACUGCUGGUUGGGCGGGACCGAGAUGCGAGUAUCAGAUCGACGAGUGCGAGUCUAACCCGUGCCAGAACGGUGGCGUGUGCAUCGACGCACACGCCGAUUACAUGUGCGCCUGCGCUUAUGGAUUCACUGGUAAAAGCUGCGAAACUCAAAUAGAAUUCUGCGAUGAAAACUCGUGCAGCAACAACGCGUUAUGCGUAGUUGAGGACGGCUUCAGGGUCUGCUACUGCGUUCCGGAUUACCACGGAGAACGAUGUGAACUGCAGUAUGACGAGUGCGAACUCGGACCCAGAUGUAUGAAUGGAGGAACCUGCAUUGAUGGCAUUGAUAAUUUCACGUGUUCUUGCCCACCCCGCCUCACUGGGUCCUUCUGCGAAUGUCUAAUGCUUGACAAUAAUACCUUAGACUGCGAAUAUGUCAGCCCAACUCCAAUACCUCAGUCCACAUACAUGUCUACCACUGAUGCACUAACUGAUACUACUACCGAUCCGGAUGUAACUACACAGUGGGAUUAUAGUACUACCACAAUAACUGUGUUCGCGGAAAUAGCUACUACAGACGAAAGCGUAAAUACAGGAACUGAAGAAGUAACAACCGAAGAAACAACUGAAACUACUCUCGAUAUUGAUGACACUUAUGCCCCUACUGAAACAGACGAUUAUGUUACAUCAGCCACAGAGAUUAAAGAAACUAUAGAAUCUGAGAACUCGAAAACGGAGGGAACAACUGUGGUAACAACGGAUAGGGAAACAACCGAAUUUAUUACAACAGUUACAAGUACUGAAGCAACUACGGAAGUGAUAACAGAACUUGCUACUACAACUGAAACUAUAACGACUGAAUCUGCAGUAACAGAAACUGAAGAAGUAACUACGGUUCCAGAAUUGGAUACGACCACUGUAAAGAUGUUCACUGAUACUCCAACCGAACACCCCGUGACAGAGAUUUCUACGUCGUCUUCAACAACCGUAGAGACGAUGGAUACAACUACAUUCUUUGACAAUAGUACGUUUGCGUAUACGACUGUUCAAUCGGAGUGCAGCGAUUCCAUUUGUAAUAAUCAAGGAAUUUGUGUUAAUACUCCUCAAGGAAUUCGGUGUCACUGUCCGUUCAACUACGGCGGAAGAUUUUGCCAAGAAAAGAUCUCAAUAACUUCAGCAGCUUUCAGUGGAAAUUCGUUCGUAGCUCAUAAGCUACGAAACACCACAUCUAUAAGCAUAGAGUUCAACUCCAAGACUCUGAUAACAGACGGACAACUCAUGCACGUGGAUAUAGCGAAGGGAGUAUACGUUCAGCUGUAUAUGAACUCGGGGCUCUUGAAGUUUAAAUUCUCCUGCGGUUACCAGACUAUGCUUCUCAGUGAACUGAAAACGUACGUCAAUAAGGGAUACCCGAUGAAGAUUGAGGCCAGGCUGGAUCUGUUCCCCGCAGCACAUCACUGUAAUGCCACGCUCCGCCUCAACGACACAGUAGCGAUGAGCGGUGGACAAGUCGCCCGUGUGUCGACGCUCGACAACAAUACCAUGCUGUACUUUGGCAACAUGCCACAAGCCAACGAUACCAUACCCUUUGUGGGAUGCAUCUGGGAUUUGAUGGUGAACGGUGAGAAGCGCGAAGUAUUCGGCGAAGCGGUGGAAGCGAGCGACGUGACCGAGUGUUCCUCCCUGGCGUGCUUGUCGGGGCCGUGUCUCAACGGAGGUACCUGCAGCGACCAGGGAGAGGGGUAUACGUGCUCCUGCGCCAAUGGGUGGCUGGGCCCGCACUGCUCUGUGUCGGUGUGCGCGCACAACCCGUGCCGCUCGGGCGGCAGCUGCGUGCCGCACCCGGGCAGCGGCUUCCUCUGCCUCUGCCCCUACGGCAAACACGGCAUCCUCUGCGAAUACAACGUUGAAAUAACCCGUCCAUCGCUGGCUCCAAUCAGCAGCGAGAUAUCCUCGUACCUCAUCUACCCGCUGUCACAAGCGAGUUCCGAGCGCUUCGACCUGCGCCUGCGGUUCCAAACGACGGAUAUGGAGCAGAUAGCGCUGCUCGCGUUCGUGGGGCGGGGACGGCACGACGCGCAUAGUCACCACUUGGCGCUGACCUUUGUGAAAGGAUACGUUAUGUUGACUUGGAAUAUGGGAGGUGGACCACGGCGCGUAUUCACGGCACGCGCUCUUAGUCCACGGCGUGGCGGACACGUGGUGCGCGUGUGGCGCCGCGGUCGCUCCGCCGGGCUCAGCGUCGACGGCCGCCACAAUGCCACGGGCAACGCGCCUGCGCAUGACGCCAAGAUGACUGUUCAGCCUUACGUGUAUAUUGGUGGGCACCCCUCCCCCAACUUCCGAGAUCUACCUCACGACUUACCGCUGCACGCCGGCUGGCGCGGCUGCGUGUGGGAGGUGGCGGGGCAGGCGGUGGGCGCCGGCAAGGCGCUGGGCGGGCGCGGCGUGGGCCAGUGCGGCGUGGCGCAGUGCACCGCCACGUCCUGCAACGCGCCUAGGGGCGUGUGUAUCCACUCGCCGGCUACUUACGGGUGCAUUUGCAAUGAAGGCUGGUUCGGUGCCACAUGCGCGUCGUCCCGCAGCCCCUGCGACCGCGCCGUCAGUCAAUGCCGGGGAAAAUGCGUACUCACGACUGACCGGGCCGAGUGCGACUGCCCUUAUGGGAAGACCGGCACCUACUGUGAUAAAGAUCUAAUCCCAACAGACGUUUACUUCACCGGCACCAGAUCGUUCGUGAAACUGAAGCCGCAAGCCGUGUCCAGCGUGAGCCUGGCUCUCGAAGCAGAGAUCAAGCCGAACAAGGAACGAGGGCUCAUCGCUUUCGUGCAAACACCACACUUCUACACCGCUCUGUCAUUGCAAGGUGGACUGCUGGAAUAUCGAUGGACAGAUCGGCUGUCCGGUGUGACGUCACUGGUCCGCAGUGGCACGGUGGUGGCGCUGAACGCGUGGCACUCGGUGAAGGCGGGUCGCUACGGCAGCCGCCUGUACGUGUGGGCCGACGGCGCGCUCACUACCGAGCCGAUGCUAGCGCACGCGUAUCCGCACACCGCGCAUGCUGCCAGUGUAUUGUUAGGGGGCGCAGAAGACUUAGCAACACUGCCAUUCGACGUGAUGUCCGGUCCACCGGAACCCUUCACGGGCUGCAUUAGAAAUCUACAUGUGAAUAAUGUUCUUCUGCCGCUUGAAAGUCAAAAUAUUCUAGAUGGUCAAAACCUGGGCGACUGUGACGGCACGCCUUGCGGCGCAGAGGCGUGCUCGGGCAGCACUUGCGUGGUAGAAGACGGGCGCGCGCGCUGCGUGUGCGCCGGCGCGGCGGGCGGCCGCUGUCGCCGCCACGCCGCGUGCAGCCGGGACCACUGCACGCUGCCCGCAGGGAAGUGCCGGGGGAACAAGUGCGUCUGCGCUGCUGGUUACGCGGGAUUUGACUGUCAGCUCAGAGUGAACGUAACGAUUCCCCAAUUCGCGGGCGAUUCGCUCCUGUCUCUCAGCCGGAGGACGGCCGCGUCUCGCGUUAGCGAGCAACGACUGAGCAGCUCAAAGGUCCCGCACUACCUUACGCUAAACUUCACCACUGCCGAACCAGCGGGGCUACUUCUUUCUGUCAUAAUGGACACCGAAUAUCUAGGCUUCGGUCUAGAGCACGGGUUCCUCAAGCUGGCCUGGUCCAGCCCCCGCGAAGACCUCACACAGCCUGCCAAAGAGUGGAAACUCCCCAAGCCCCUACAAAUACAGUCCAAGUUACUGCCCAGAGCGGGCUUCCUUGCUGACGGAGAAUGGCAUGUCCUGGUGCUGAAGCUGGACAAAACCAAUGUGUCCGUGGUUGUGGAUCAGAACUUGGUGUACAAUGAUGAGCUGGCUCUGAAAGAGUCUAGUUAUGAUGACGUGGAACUGUUUAUAGGUGGUAUUAACGAAGAGGAUAGUGCAUUAGGUAAGAAAACGUUCCCGCAUAAUUUCAAAGGCUGCAUAGACAACAUAGCUACCAAAGAAGAGUCAUAUUUGACCGAUUACAAUGAAAUAUAUAGUGAAAACAUAAAAUCGUGCCAAUUGUACCCCUCCGCGUAAAUCGGAAGCGAGGGUAUCAUGUUAUACAUAUUUGCUGGUCAGUUUUAUUUAUACUUCCAUGAUCUUUAAAAGAAAUUAGAGUAAGUUUAAGUGAAAUAUACCUAUAUAUCGUGUGGCAAAAAUCUAGUUAGCAAACAUAGAACAUUUACAUCGUCAAUUUUAUAUGCUGGUUUACAUACUUUACCUGUUACAUAUGUAUUUUAAACUUAUUAACAUGGUUUACAGUGCAAAAUACAGGUGGCACAGGUUGAUGUCCAAUACAUUUGCUACAAUCAAUUAGGUAUGGUGUUCAUCAUUUCAACAUAAAAGUAUGUGUUGUAAAAUUACUACCAAUUCAAAUUAGCCUAAAGUGACAUUGGUCACUUUUGAAGUCUUAUUAAAAAAAAAACUAUCAUCUAUGUUUGAUUUUUGAAAAACAUAAAUGCACUGUGAACAUGUUUUUUACAAGUCGAAGUAUUAAUACCUAUGCCACCUACUUAGAAUGUUUUGAAAAAGCCCCCAAAGAAUCAAAAUUGCUGUUUAUAUAUCUACUAAGUGCCUUUUCAACCCGUUCAUAGAGUUGCAUGUGUGUAGGUAGACUUGUAGAGUAGAAUUAUUCAAUACUCAUUAUAGUACAAAAAUUCUAGUCUUCGAAUAGGACCAAAGACGCGUGUUUAAUUUUUUAUAUGUUACGAUAAAUUGUAAUUUGAUAUUAUUUAUUUUUAAGUAGUGUUUGUUGUAGUUAUGAUUGUAUCUAACGACACAGUUUUAUUAUUUUUCAGUACAGAUGGUGUUUUUUUACGCACUAGUGCGAGAACUGGUUUAUUAUAUGCCAGGUCGAAACUUCGGAGGCUCAUCUGUACUGAAAAACGUCGUACGAUACA